AUGAUCCCUCACAAUCUCACAUACAUGCGCCCUGCACAAAUCACGGACACUCAUUACAGCGAAACAUUCUGUAGCCUGCAGCGCGCAGAGUACUGGCUCCGGGAUGAUUCCAGCAACAAAAAACCUGUUCGUGAUCAUGUUUGCAAUGCAAUUGCCACAGUUGGAAGUAUUACUGCCAUGCAGUGGGCGCGCCAACAAGAAGGAUUUGCAUGGGAUGCGCGGACAUGCUGGCAUGCUGCUAAGAACGGACACUUGGAAUUGCUCCAAUGGUUAAGAGAGAAUGGUUGUCCAUGGAAUGAGUGGACGUGUGCUUUGGCUGCCGAAAAUGGCCAUUUUGAAGUUUUGAAUUGGGCUCGUGAAAAUGGUUGUCCAUGGAGUGUGAGAACAACUGCUUUUGCUGCUGUGGGUGGCCAUUUGGAAAUUCUGAAGUGGCUUCGUGCAAAUGGUUGUCCAUGGGAUGCUCGAACAUGCACUGCUGCUGCUGCAGGUGGACAUUUGGAACUUUUGGAGUGGGCUCAUGAAAAUGGUUGUCCAUGGGGUGUAGCAUGCACUGCUGCUGCCGAAAAUGGACAUUUGGAACUUUUGAAUUGGGCUCAUGAAAAUGGUUGUCCAUGGAAUGAAGAUACAUGUGCCUACUGUAUGCUGCUGAAGGUGGACAUUCUUUGGAAAUUCUAA